AUGACUAGGACGAGACUACGUGCAGAGGAAAUGCAGGAUGGUAAAUGCAAGUUGCCUUGUCUUUACAAAGCAUGCAGUGUCGCCUGCACUCAGACUGAGCCGCCGGGGCAGAGCGGGGUUCGGGAAGAGUGGGGGCUGAAUCUCUCGGGAAACUCAGGGCCUGUCAUGGGCAGCAGCUCCCUCUGUUUCCUUGAAGUUCUUCCACCUACAGCUCUCUUCCUUUUUCUUUUUUUUUUAAAACAAAUCAGGUUUAAAAGAAGCCACAAAGAGGCUUUUGUUUUCUUUUGGUUGAAAGAAGGCACGGGUUUAAUAGUCUCACCUCCUCUCCCCACACCACAGCCCAGACCUGCGGGGCCGCCGGAGACGACCGUGGUGUCCAAGACGUCCCGCGGUUUCCUCUCCUCAAUUCUCUAG